AAUAAUAAUCACAUACAGUAAAUCAUUCGAUCUCCACCGGCCUCCUCCAAUGACCGUAGCCGGAGCCAUCCGCCGCCGGCGAGCACCGCGGCCCCAUCUCCCUCUCUUCGUCCUCGUCCUACUUUUCUCUACUCUAACCCCACGCACUUCGGCGCUCCGCGUCCCGCUCCGCCAGGCAGCAACCCUCGUCUCCCUCUCCCAUUCGCUCCUCUCCCGCGUCGCCAUCACACGUGCUGCUCGUGGGGACGCCGCGGCGGCCGCACGCGUACGGCGAAUCGCUUCCCUGCUGUCGUCCCGUGGUGCGUGGGGACUCGGCUGGGACUACCUCCGCCACUACGCCUUCUCCUCAGCCACCGGAUGCGGCCUCUCCUGCGCAGCCGCCGCUUCUCGUCUCAUCGCCGCUGCCGCGGAGGCCUCGCGCCUACGUUCCGCCACUGACGCUGCGCAGUGGAUGCGCCUACACUACGGCGACAUCCGCGACGCCGCCGCGCAGCUCCUGAACGGGCUUCUCCUCGCCUUCUCCGAAGAGGGGCCAUUGAGAGAGGUGUUCAUGGAUAUUAAGUGGGAGGUGGAGGAAGGGGAAUUGCUGAAGGAUUGCCUGGAAGUGGGAGCUAAGGACUUAAAGGGUUUGCUUGUCAUUGCCAAAGACCUCUUCGCUGGUGUUUCAAGGACUUCUACGCAGCAUAGCGAGCUCUGAGGCUUGAAGAAGAAUAUUUUUUAUUUUUGCGAAUGAUGUUAUAUUAUUUUUAUGAUCCUGUGCCAGAUGAGUAAUCACAAUUCACAGAAUGCUAACCAAAGCAUGGAGAAUAGAAAAAGAAAAUUCAGAACUUUGGCUGUGUGCUGCAGUGUUCAUGAAUGUAUCAGAUCCUACUGUCUCAUUGGACCCACUCCCUAAACAUCGAAACUCCUAUGCUUGGUGAUACUGCCUGAUGCACAGCUGUCUGUAAGUUAAUAUAUCUUAAGAUAUUCAACAAGUUUUCUUUUUAAAGAUAGGAGAAGAGCUACAGAACAUUUAUUGAUAUUCAGACAUGAAAAUAAAUCUAUUGUAUCUUGAGUCCAAAGCUUGUGUAAUCUGCAUGCAUAUUAUAUUAAUUGAUGGCAGAGUAAAACAGCAUGGCAACUAUUCCCCCUCAUUUCAUUAGAUCAGUGGGCUGUAUGUAGAAUUUAUCACCUGGAUACCCAAAAAUACUGGCUGGUUGGUUCCCAUGUAAACUUGAAAAACACA